GUGUCACAUUCGUGUAUAUGUCCCAACGAAGACAGACAGUUUGGUAUCAGUAUAACAGUCGUCAGUUCUGUUUGUCAGAAGCAGAUAGACGUCUCCACCACCUCUACUGCGACAUGUACGUGUACGGACUUUUACUCCUUGGGUUGGUGGCAUCAACACAUGGGUCCUGUAUGUUUGGUAAACCCAUCACAGAAAUGUCCAAAUAUGGAACAGUCUCCCAGUUCUGCAUGUACAAAGGGCUGAAGAUGCAGGUCGGAUCUCACAUUAAAACAGCCGACUGUAUUGAGUGCAACUGUGGUGCGAAUGGUCUCCACUGCUGUGGAUUCGGCAUCAAGGCGGGCGUUGUACAGCCUCCAGAUGGAUGUAAGGUUGUCGGUGAUGGAUGCAAGAUGCUGGUUGUGAAAUCUGAUGAUGAAACUAAAGACUGCUUCUCCGGGAACUCUCUUGUCAAGCAAUAGAACAGCUAUCAUGUGCGAUUAUUACCCACGCUAUACGUGUUUACUGUAUAAACGAGAUUCAUGAAAGAACGGACUUUAA